AUGGGUCAUUCAACUAGUUUCGGAACUAUCAUUCGGUUCUAUUCAAAGACAAAACGUGGCAUAGUUACGGAUUUUUCGAAAAUUUAUACAUCAAAGCAAAUUCGAAAUAUUAGUAGCACGUUAUUUAAUUUUCAUCAAAACUCACCAUCAACGGAGUCACCCGCACAUGAUCCUUCCUCAUCGCAAUAUUCGACAAUUAAUGAACCAGAGAUACUUAAAUUUAAUCAAUUGGCGAAAGAAUGGUGGUCUCCAAACGGUCCUGUAAAAUUGUUACAUAGUAUGAAUCCAUUAAGGGUUUCAUAUAUUCGUCAACAAUUAUCAAAGCAUAAUAAUGAAGAAAAAUUAAAAAAUGUACAAGAAGGCGGGUACGAGACAUCAUCAUCUUAUGAUGACCGAAUUCCGUUUAAAAAUUUGAGAAUUUUAGAUAUUGGUUGUGGUGGUGGCGUUUUAUCUGAGUCAUUGGUUAGAUUAGGCGCAUCGGUUUUAGGAGCUGACGCGUCUCCGGAAAACAUUCAUAUAGCAAGAUUACACGCUCGAAAAGACCCAGGUUUAUAUUCUGGGCCUGGAACUCUUAAAUAUAAAUGUGUACCCGCAGAGAAAUUAUUAGAGAAUGGAGAAUCAUUUGAUAUUGUGUGCGCGAUGGAAAUAAUCGAGCAUGUAAAUCAUCCAGUGGAGUUUCUUAAAGCGUGUGCUGGACUAGUUAAGCCGGGAGGUCACCUAUUUCUUUCAACAAUUUCUCGUACGCCACUUUCAUAUGUACUAACUAUUUUAUUAGCCGAGCGUGUAUUUGGAAUAGUACCGAAUGGGACGCACGAUUUUAAUAAUUAUUUAAAACCUGAUGAAUUGCAACAAAUUAUCGACCGGAUCCCAGAUAACGAUAAUAGUGAUGAUAGUAAAUGGGGACACGUAACUGAUAUCACAGGGAUUGGAGUUAACCCAAUUACUGGAAAAUGGUUUGAGUUUAAUCAUUGGGUACCAAGAAGGAUACAAUUAGAUGUAAAUUAUUUAUUAACCGCAAAAAGGAAUUAA